AUGUUGACCGCCACCACCACGACCGCAUCGCGCUUCGGCGUCAUGGGCGCUCGAGGCCUGCUCAAGAGAGGAGGAGGGGCAAGCUGCGCAUACUCGUCGCUGGCGUUGCUCGCACAACGGCAAUGCAGCGCCCGGGCCGCGAGGCACGUCUCGACCAAGCUGCCGCCCACGACCCGCAAGACCAUAUCCCUCCAAUGCCAGCUGGCAUCCCGACGCCAUGCCACAACGACCGCCUCCCCCACCACACCCUCGACCGCGCCGGAAUCCUCGUCGGUGCCGCUCGACUGGAACGGCUUCUUCACCUUGCGCAAGACCCGGCGGCGGUUCCAGCUGGUGAGCAGCAUAUUCACAAUGGUCACGGGCGGCGCGGUGGGCACGGCGCUGCUGGUAAACCUGGACAUGGACUCGCUGCUGAGCAAGGUGCCGAUGGACCCCUUCUUCGCGCUGGGCAUAGUGACGCUGAGCUUCAUGGGGCUGGGUUGGUUGGCCGGGCCGAGCUUGGGAUCUGCGUUGUUCUACACCUUCAAGCGCGGCGUCAAGCAACCCAUGGCUGUGAAGGAAUCCGAGUUCUUUGCACGGAUUAAGAAGAACCGAGUCGACCCGAGCAACAGCUCUCUGAGUGGGAAUGCGGUCCCUGAUUUCUACGGCGAGAAGAUCUCGAGUGUAGCCGGCUACAGACAGUGGAUGAAGGACCAAAGAGCAUUCAACAAGAAGCGUACGAGCUUUGUUUAG